AUGGGUUUGACUUUUACAGAUAUUGUGUCGUUGUCAGUAAUGAAAGGAGAUUCAGUCAAUCUAUGCACUGGUGUUCAAACAAACCAGCAAGAAGACGUUACAUGGUAUUUUAAUGGUAUUCACAUUGCACAGAUCAAUGGGGAUGUCAGUUUUAGCUGUACUGAUGUUCAGUGUAAUGAAGGCACUGAGAAAUUCAGAGACAGACUGAAGCUGGACGUUCAGACUGGAUCUCUGACCAUCAUGAACAUCAACACAACACACUCUGGAAAAUAUCAUCUGGUCAACAGCAACGGGGAAAAGAUCUUUAAUGUGACUGUCCAUGAUGAUCCUGCUGGUCAUCAAGAUGAUGUCAAGGAAAAUGAAGGACAGUCUGUUACUUUUCGUCCUGCUGUAAUAAGAAAACUAAAUGAUGUGCUGACAUGGUAUUUCCUUAACAUUCUCAUUGCUGAGAUCACUGUAAAUCAGAGUCAGAUCUGCAGAGAUGUUCAGUGUAAAGAGAGAUUCACAGACCGACUGAAACUCCAGAGUGAAUCCGGAUCUCUAACCAUCAUGAACAUCAGAAUCACAGACUCUGGAGAAUAUACACUAGUGAUUUUCACCAGCAGCAACAAACACUUCAGCAUCACCAGAGAGAAGAGAUUCACUCUUACUGUCAUUUCUCUUCGACGUUCACAUCUGACUGGAGGUGCUGUAGCAGGAAUAGUUGUUUCUGUUCUGCUGGUUGUUGCUUUGGUUGUUGCUGCUGUGAUUUACAGGCGUCGCCUACUCAGACCAGCACCACCACCACCACCACCAUCAUUAUCUCGAAACCAUUCAGAACGCAGAGAGAACCUUAUAAUUCCAAGGGAACAGAUGAUAUCGCUCAGAGGAUCUCUAGAGGUUCUUAAAUCAGACUCAGUCUGCCAACUAAAUAAUGAACCAUCACUUCAACACUGA